UUGAAUAUGGCUUUUGUGACUUUCUUAUCGAGUUCAUCUGUGACUUUAUUAUCAAUCGAAUUAUGUGGAUUAUUAUUGGUGCUGUGAAAAGUAAUGUGGAAUAUCAGAUAAGGUGAAAUCGGCACAAGAUUGGAAUGGCUAAACUUUUAAUAUCGCGGUAAUUUUGCUGAUCGCGGGCGGGAAAUCUCAUCUCGCGGACGACAACGGAAUCUGUAACUCGAAAGCACUUUUUAAUAUGGCUAGCAAACUUAUGCAACUCAUCGAAACACGGACGAAACGACCCGUGCUUGACGAAUCAGACUUAAAAGUUAGCUCGCAUUGGAAACUAAUCAAAUCCGCGAUAAAACAAGAACACGGCGAUGACCCGAAGAAACUCGAUGAGAAACAGGCUUUGAAUGUGGGACAUGGUGUUCAUCCGGUGCAAUCUUUAGCGUCUGAAGAAGAAAUCGCGUUUGUGGCUUUCAAUUCUCUUAAUAACAACUUUGUUGGAAUUGACAGAGAGGGAAACGCUUCUGUAUAUUUGACAACUGGUUAUACGGAAGCCGUCGACUCCAACAUCCUCAAAGGUCCCAUUUGCGGAAUAGUGUAUGCUAAGAAAACGAGAUUCUAUGCUGCCUGGGGACUUGAUGAAAACAUCAGAGUGAGUUAUAUAAUGCUUUACUAGGGGGUCUUUAUUUGAACUUUCAAAAGAUGUACAAUGGAGCCAAGCCUUACGGUACCUGUUCAUAUGACCAUCAUGUAACUAAUGACCACAUUCAUUCAGCCAAGGUCGUCUCGAUCCUUACGUUUAAGGCUCAUUUUAAUACAGCCACCUCAUUACUAAAGAUUCUCGGUCAUGUUGAAACGCAGACCAUGCAGACUGUGCAGACUGUGCAGACUGAGUGUUAUUUUUUUUACUUGUACCUUGUAAACAACAAUGACAUCAGUAUCUGUAAGAUUUGUACCCUGCGAGCAGAGGCCCUUCGAUCUUCCUAGAUAAGUCGGGAAGACUUAUCUAGGAAGAUCGAAGGGCCUCUGCUCACAGGGUAUAAGAUCUGAAGAAAUGACAGCAAGUCACCGGUUUGAAUUACAGAGUGAAACCAAAGACGAUCAUCAACAAUCAAGGAAUUUAGGAAAUGUCUCUCGUAGCCGUUGUAGGAAGCCGAAAAGGGUUUUAUUUUAACUCACCUAACCUGAAAAAGCUUUUUCUACUAAAAAAAAUUUAAAUAAUCGUGGCAAUAUAAUACAGUUACAGAAAGAAACAGCUCACCUUCUUCCAACCAUUGAUGCUCGCUCCUGUGGGAAACUAUAGUAAAAGUAUUACUAGAAAAUUAAGAUACAAGUAAAAAAAAUAACACUCAGUCUGCACAGUCUGCAUGGUCUGCACUGAGUCUGCAGUCUGCAGUCUGCAUGGUCUGGGUUUCAACAUGACCGACAGAUUUUGGUGGUCCUAGAGUGGUUGCAAUAACCCGAGGUCACUCUUUAUUGUUACCUCUGAUAGGGGUUGCGUACUGCAUGAGAAUAUCUAACAGAUGGUAACCGACCUUAGCAAAACCAUUGCUCAGGGUCAUAAUGUGCAGUCUGAGAGAUGGCUGCAUUUUAGUCCAAAAAUUCCAUACUGAUGACAUAACUCUGCCCAGAAUCUGGUCAGAAGCUCUGAUUAGUCGUCAAAGUUACAUUCAAAAUUAAUCCCACUUUACAGACACCUGGUUAAUAUGGACACCUCACUAUUAUGGACAGUUUGCUUUGUUCCUUGAGAGGGAAAGCUUCCUAAUUUUCUCUAAAAUAUUCAACCCUCUUAAUACAACACUCUGUAAAUACGGACACAUUCUAUGGCCCCCUCACUGUCUGUAUUAACGGGGUAUGAUUGUAUUAUAAUCUUUCAGCUGUUGUUUCCUUUUGACAGACUGAAGAUGAAAGGUUGUGAAGAUCAAAUGUACAAGGCACUGAAUCUACUAAGAAACAUUCAUUUUCUAGGAAUAUAAUAGUUGCUCUGAAGAAGUAAUUCAGUUUUGCCGUCAUUAAAUUUGCAGCAGAACAAGGAAAAAUAGAAGCUUUAAAAAAUCUGCAUCUGGAACCACACAAACAAAGAUUAAUUACAUAAUUGCUUUACACUAUCACUAUGAAAUUUUUGGGUAAAAACGAAGACAUACCUCUCAUGAAAUGUCGUCAGUGACAAGGAGCAGUAAGAGGUGGUAGUAUUUGCAGGGUAAUCAGUGGGUAACAGAAGUGAUUAUGAAUAAGGUGCAUUGCAUACUAUACAUGUAGUUUCAAAGAAUGAAGGUCUUCAGCGAGAAACAACUGUCACAUUUCGAGUGCAUAAACUGCAUCUUUUAACAUCUGUAUCCUAGUUAGUUUGUACAUUCUUUGCUUGGAGUUUCACUGUUAAUGUUUUUUCUACAAUCUGUAGUUACUGUCAGAUGGCUUUAAACUUGUCAGCAUGGCAACCUCUCUUAGUAGAAUAUUCAGGUAGGUCCAAGCACUAUAAUAUUCUUUUAUUAUUUUUAUUAUUAUUAUUAUUUUUUUUUUUUUCAAGAGAAAAAUAGAUGAGCAGUUAAAGUUUUCAAUAUUUUUUAUCAAGUUUAAAACACAAGGUGCAAAUAAUUUAGUGGUUCUAGAAACUGUUAAUGGCUGGUGAAGAGGUAUCUUUUAAAUAAUUGCAUAAUUGAGUAAUGUGUUUACAUGUUGAUGUAAAUGAAAGCUAAUACAUGUCUAAACAACUGAGUAUGAUAAUUUUUACUGUAUCUUUUAUCAGUGGUGUGUAUAAUGAGACAACAAAUGAGAUCAUAACUGGAGGAGUUGGAAAUAUCACCGUAAGUCCCUUUUCAAAAUUUUACUGUUUCUCAUUGGAACAGUUGUUGGCUUAAUGUACCUGCAUGAUGUUAAUUUAUUUAUAAGAAUGCCAGACAACUCUUCAGUGUUACCUCAUCCCGUUUUUUUUUCUUAUUUGAUACUUAUUUAUUUAUGUAUUUGUUUUGAACAGUGCUGGAGCUUUAGAUAUGGGGCAAAGUUUCUACUUCAGCGGAAAGUUUUGUCAGUGAGUGUUUUGAUUGCAACAUGUUUUUACCAAUUACCUUUUUGGCUUCCUCUUCCUUAAGAAAUUUAUUCAUGAGCUAAUUUAUCAAACCUUAAAUAAUAAAUGUAAGCUAACUAGUAUCUUACUAGCAAAAUAUAAAAGCUAAGAAAAACACAGCUCAAUCAAAUUGCCUUCUUCUAACUUAUAUUAUUAUCCUCAUAAUACAAUAAUGUGAACUUGUUUUCAUUCCCUCCCUGCAACGUUAAGUGUUUUACAGUUAGAUCAUAUAAUUUCCAAAAUCCCUUCUUUGGAGGCUCAGAUACCAGCUGCUGUCUCAAUUAGGAAAAUGAACCUACUUUCCACCCCAAGAAAAGAACAAGUGAGACCGAACCCGAAAAAGUGACAGAAAUCUAGCCUGCCAUGCAUGUAGAGUUACAGUUAUUAAAGUGCAAUAUAGGUCCUGAACUUUGUUACUGACAUUAAGUUAACAACAAAAUGUUCAAAUUCUUUACUUUGCUUAUAAUUUUCCAAGGAAUGUUUGCCAGCAACCAGCAUUAUUUCAAUCCUGUGUUUAGAAGACACACCCAGCAGAUCUCAACGAUGUUUUGCAGUUUAUCACAAUAAUGUGAUCGUUUACAACCUCCUGAAUGGCUCCUGCGAGGGUCACCUUAAAGAGCUGCAUCCCCGAGAAAUAACCACUGCCCUGUUCUUCAAUCCACUGAAGGUAAUGAAUUGUUUGUCACUUGCUUGCUAAUGUAUACCAGUAAGGUGCUAUAAGAAUACUUCAACAUUUAUUUGAAAAAGUGCAAGAAGUGCCAUAGGUAGUCUGGAAUGCCAUCCGUCUCCACCCCCUAACCCAUGGGGGCGUGUCCCGCAUCCCCAAGAGGCUAGGGAGUGUAGAUGGAUGACAUUUCAGACUAUGCCCAGGUGCUAAUUCCAGCAUUUGCUAAACCCAAGAGUUUGUAAGUCAACAAUUAUUAUUUUACGAUUGCGGGUUGGAUAUGAGUUGGCUAUAAUCAUCUCAUAUGAAUCCAACAAGUGCGAGAAAAAUAAUUGUUUUAUUAAAAAUGCCCACAAAAUAUCAAGAAUUCUUCCUGACUUUAUUUGUAAAAACAAUCGAUUUUCAGCUUGUUUUUAAUUUUGAGCAGAUGCAUACAGUUACCAUUAAUUUUUUGGAGAGCAUAGUAUAAUGGCUCAUAAACUAUGAUGGCUAAGCCAGUUAGAAAUCCAGAAUUGCAUUAUCCAAUGAUUCAUUGUUUAACAAUCACGCUUAUUUACCUUCUCUUUUAGUACCUUGUAACCGGCGCAAAGGAUGGGUCGAUAAAAGUCUGGGACGACAAAGGGAACAUCAAAAUCAUCUUUGUCGGACAUUUAAAGUCAGUUAACACUCUAGCAGUUUACCCGUUUGGUACGUACAUCAUGUCAGGAUCAAGCGACUGUACCAUCAGAGUCUGGAGUUUGGAUACUGCUGAUGAAGUGGAUCGCAUAAGCACCAGGGAACCUGUCUUUGGAUUGGGAACAAUCGUAGGAAAAAAUGACUUGUAUUCGUUUGGAAGUAAAUCGAUUGAGUUGUGGAGAAUUGAGCAUAUUCAUAGCGUCUUUGCAGCCAUUGGGUAAGUAGGUGACUGUCAUUUUUUGUAGGAAGCAGGUAUAAAUAACAUGACAAAUACAAAUAGUAAAGCACUUUUUUUUGUUUUUCAUUUUUGAACUUAACUUGAACAUGAAUUUUUUACAGUCUCAGGCCUAAAAUUAAUUAUGCAAAUGCCACUGUCUUAUGACUAACUUCCAUUUCCUUUGUAGGAGCAAGGUAAAAUCCAUCAAAACUACGACACAUCCAAGGGUAAGUGCAUGAAUAAAAGUAUUUCUUCAUGAAAAAACCUUUACUCCAGUUCUCUCCCACCCUCCCAUCUCUGACAAUUAAUGGGCCUCCUCACGUAUACACGUAUUUGUAGUAAAGGUUUUAAUCAACGAUAAACCAGUUCCGGAGACUCUUAAACUAAGGUUGCGCAGAUACGGGCCCCUGGUUUGUAGGAGACUCACUGCAAGCAAACUCUCAGGGUCCAAAUAGGAGCGUACAUGUAGCACUGUCGAUAUGGAAUCGUGGCAUGGUCGAAAUGGGAAUGUGACACGGUAGUUAGGGGAAGGUGGUACCCAUUAGUUUUGAAACUCACUCUCACUCACUAACCUCUUCAUCCCGGCUGGGGCGCAAUCAAACAACGUCGCCACUUAACCCUAUGCCGAUGCUGAGCUUUGGCUUACACUUCGCCCCAUGUGAUACCCAGCGCUGGACUUUGUCAAAGCCCGUUUCCGGUUUAUGCUACUGACAUGUUGGGGAAUCGCUCGCUUUCCCUCACUUUGCGAACGUCCUUCACUCCUUCGGCGCUCACGCAGUCAACUUGUGGCAAGUCUAAACCCAACUCCUCCAGCUCUUUCAUCACUAUUCUUCGCCAGGUGGUUUUUGGCUGACCUCUUUUCCUCUUCCCAGUCCAUAUCAAAUGCAACUAUGGGUAUCCUGCCACCGGGCUUUUGAAAAAAAAUUUGUUUUUGUGUCGGUUGAGUGAAAAUCAUUAAAUAGAGAGGAGUAGUUGUUACGUCACGUUGCAAUGGUAGAAGAACUUCGAGAUCUCAACAAAUCGUAGUCCUGCACAAAUAUGGUAGAAAAAAAAAACGAAAAAACUGACCUGUGCAUGACUAUGCUCAGAAGCAAAUCGGUAGCCCAUAUAUCGUUCGACAAUGUAAAUGGCCGUCUCUGUCAAGAAAGAUUUUUGAGAUGCAGAAAUUUUGCUACCAUGGUAACGUGCAGGACUGUCAGAAAGGUUCUAAGAAGCAGGCUGAUAAUGAAUAGUAGGCGGCUUUGGAACUUGCACCACCAAAGUCACAAGUUCUUGAGGGCUGAGGCAUCUAGGGACAUUUUGAAAAUUAGAGUCUCGGAAAUGGCGUUUGCAGGGGUUUUCAAGAGGUAUUUUCCACCGUGGACGCCAUGUUGUUUCGCCAUGUUGUUUCACUCAAGACUAGGAACGAUGCCGUCGAAAUGUCCCAGGCGUUCCACAACAUCGCACGGUUCGAACGUUUCACAGAUCUAAACUUGUUUAAAAACGAGUUAACUGUCAUUCAAAACUGCGAAACGAAUUCUUUACAAUUUUGUUCGACUGUGCUCAAUUUUUGUUAGCAGUCAUAAAUGUGGUGGUCGAAGGAGAUGAAAGUAGCCGGCUAAGGAUGGCUAACUAGCCGGCGGUUUUGGUCGGCUACCGGCCCUUACUGACGACUGUGAACAUGACGUCACACUCUCCUCUCUAUUGAAUACAACAGUAGCUGUAAUUAGUGGUAACAAUGUUAUAUGUUUGUUGUUAUCGUUAGAUGCCAUUGAGACUGGUGUGCACUUGCAGUGACGCAACAGUUCGCCUAUUGUCCCCAGGCUCCGGGGAGUGCAUCACGACCAUGCUGUUACCCAGUAUGAGUAUAAUUGCUGAUGUGGCUUAUGCUGCAGCUGAAAGUAUGUUUCCAGUUAUUAUUUUUCAAAGGCAUAAUUAUAACAAGAUUGUUAUUUUAAACUGUGUUUUGAAAUAGGGCGAGUUUUCCCGCAUGCACUCACAAAUGCGUGCGAGCAAGAAAUGAUUGGUUUUUGCUGCACUCCCUCGUUGUUAUAGAGUGAUGCGACUUACUGUGUAAUACUGUAUAAACCAAAGUAAUACUUUUGUGGUAGAAACUACUGAUCUAUUAUUUAAAUUGAAAGUCGUUUUGUACAUCUCUUUCAUGAUCAAUUCCUGUUAAGUGUUAUCUUAUGUUAAAAGGACAUGCACUGUUGUCCUUUUAUCCGCGACAUUACAUUACAUUACGUUAGGUCACGUUACAUCACGUUACAUUACGUUCCAUCACGUAUCACUGAGAACAUCAUUUUUAGUUUUUGGUUCCAUAAUUGGCAUAAUGCGAGACUUGGUUUCUUACUGUGCCUUCUUAAUUUUUUUUUGUAGAUUUGCUGUUUACUUUGCUCUCAGAUGGUAGAAUCUUGAAGGCCUCAACGCUAACAAAUCCAUGUAAACUACUCCAGGAAUGGGACAUGAAAACCAACCCAGAUGGUAAGAGUCGUUUAUCUUUUACUAAAAGUCCAAGGUUUCUUUCUCUAGCAGAACCAUUUUAUACAAGAUACAACUGUAACAAUUGGCCAUGCUUUUAGUAGUCGGGACAAGCUAGAGAGGCUCUCUCAGUUUAACCAGCGAAAGAAAUUUUUGUUAGUCCUUCUUAAGUCGAUAGAGGGUUUCAUUCUGGUGGGAACAUACCUUGUCAAUAUUCCAUUUUCUACCCAUUAGACUAAACGCGUGUAAAUAUUCGAGACGGAAGAAAAACGAAAAGUUUUGAAAAAAAAAAGUAAAAAAGAAAGACUGUCUUAGUCCUAAUCGGUUAUGCUCCCCUUUUUGUUCUUGAUGUAUUUGUGUUUUUUUUUUGUUGAUCAAAUUUUCGUUGCUGUAGACUUAAGCCUUGUUUACGCACUGUCCUAUGACAACGCCUAAGCUCAGUUAAUAUAAGCAGAAAAUGUCGCAGUAGCCUGCUAAACAUUAAUGUUUUUUUCCCUGUGGAAGCAAAACGCUAAUGUUGCUUAAAUGAACCAAAUAAUUAGCACUAUUUACCCGCAAUCAACUUUGGAGAAAGACCAAUCUCUUUUGGAAAGAAAACUAAGUAUGUUUUUAUUUCGUGUUACAGUUCCAAGUCCGUGCAGCUGUCUUUGCCUUUAUGAAUAUGUGGUUGAGGUAAGAAACUAAAGAAAAAGAGAGGUUUAGAAUCACAUGUACGUUAACUGCAAAUGGGACAAACGUCAGUUUACAGCAACUGACCAAGAUUUCCCUUUUUUGAGAAAGGUUUGAACCCAGGAGUCAUUUCGCUUGUUGGAUAUGGGAUGAUUAUAGCCAACUGAAUAGGACUGUUGUUGUUGACAGUGACUGACGUUUCGACAACCUGUGCGGUAGUCAUCUUCAGAGUCAAAGUGAGUUGUAUUACGUCAGUUGAUGGUAUUAAUCUCUGGUUAUUGAUCUGAAUGGUCAAUUAAGCCGCGAUGUUAUUGGCUAUGAAGACUCGAAAUGUCAUUGGUGCGUUUCGAUCCGUCCAUUGUCGCAGUUUAACGGUCGUUUAUUAGUCAAAUUGUCAGUUGUCCAGUCAUUCUCUCGUAGUUAGUUUUGCUUGAGUCCGUCAAUAAGUCGUUUGUACGGUGCCAGUAACUGUUGACUGCGGAUCAGUGGCGUUUUUGUUUUAAGUUAGUAAACCAGCUUUCUCAAAGCUGGUUUACUAACUUAAAACAAAAACGCCACUGAUCCGUGGCACUGAUCAUCAGUGGCGUUUUUGUUUUAAGUUAGUAAACCAGCUUUCUCAAGUGAGUCGUUGAUAGUAGUAGGAUAAUACAUGUCACAGAGUACCAGUCGUUUUAUGUUAAUCAUAUCUACACCAAGCCCCUCCCCCUUCCCCUGGCAGUUUUUUAGUGCCAUUUCUCAUCGCUGGAACUCCCGACAAAAGCUCAAUUUGUCGUUGAAAUCUACCAAAAUGCCUUGGCAGUGACGAACAGUAACAGCGCUAUCCUGCAACAGAAGCCCCAAAAAGUGGUUGGUGGUGUCUUGAGUUAGAGCAAUGUUCAAUAAAACUUCCAACGCAUUUUUUUAGGAUGAACUUGAAGGGGAUUCCUGGGGUGAUUUAGUGACCAUCCUCAAAUCGAAGAAAAGAACCGAAGAGCUGGAGAGAAAAGGCCAAACAAACGCUUACGACCGAACUCUGUUGCUUGGUGGCUGUCUUGAUGGAAUGAUAGUACUGUUUGAGUGGCAGAAUGAUAGUGCACCAGGCAAAGUCUCCUUUAAAGUAGAGGUAACGCGUAAUAUGCUCAACGAACAUAAAGUAAAAUACAACCCGAGCAGCGUGGCCGAGUGGUCAGUGCGUCGGACUCGCAUUUCGGCUGUUCCUGGUUCAAGUCCCGCUCUGGCCACUUGCUGGAUUUGUUCUCGGUCGUUUCGAAUUCAAAUCCUCGGCCACGCUUGUAAAUAACCAACCGGCUGCCUUCUGCCAGUUGGGGUUUUUAAUCCUGUUAUGUUGCAUUUGAAUCAUUUGUUUCUAAAUAUUUGAGUGGAGUGCCUAUAAACUAGCUGGAUAAGCUAAGUGCACUUUACACUAUAAACAAGCCUUUUUUUAAACCUUUAAACAAACAAGCAAACAACAAAGAAAAGACAAAACAUAACCCUUAGCCAAACAGAUACCAGUUUUGGAAGUAGCGUGGUGUGAAAUAGAUAGCUGUACAAUAGUAAUUACGAUAACCAAAUGAAAGCCAACUAUAAAGCCCUGAGAGGCGUUUUUCUUUUCUUGCUUUGGCCCUUCCCCUUAUUCCGCCACGGUGAGCGCAUGACACGAGGUCAUAAAAAAAUCUUUUACAAAUUACUGUAUUCUGUGAUCCCAAGCUUCGAUUUGGUGCCUUUCAGGAAUACGGAAAUGAACAACGGUCUAUUUUCGAUUUCGAGGCGAUUUCAUGGCGAUUUUCCUGCGAUGUUAUUGUGAAUUUCCACUUCGUAUGCAGCAGUUUCUCGUAUUUUUGCGGUUAAGAAAUGGAACGAGCUACAAUCGGCGACAAAAUUGUUGAGACAUUGUACUUAAAUAGGGUAGUUUCGGAGAACAAAGGAAUCCGCACCCCUCUCCUGUCCCCUCCAUUCAAAGUUGGGGUGUUUGUUGUUUUCUAUAGGCAGCUAGAACAAGGGCACAACAUUGCACGGAGGGGAUGGGGGAGGAAAGCUAUAUUUCCUCCUUUUGAAGUUAAUAAAACCACUGGGGGCCCACACAAUCUGUUUGUGUAGCCGAUUGUUAUUUUAUAGUAAAUGUACUGGAUUUACCGUUUGCUUCACCUAUAGCGAUAUAUCGCUAACUAUGUAUAUAAAUCAAUGAUAAAUAAACGUUGAAUUACCUUACCUGUGGUUUAUAGUCGCCCUUUUGCCUCAAAAGCGGUUUUUUGAGUGAUUUUGAAUGAAUUUGAGUUCGUCGUUGACUGUUCCAUGUAAUAGAAGGACAAGGGAGGAAUCCUUGUUUUGAAAGGGUUCCAGCGCCGGAGCGAUUUUCCCCCCAAAAUCGCAUCGCUCCGCUUUCAAACUUCGCAGCAUAAAGGUCAAAAGAUUCGCGAUUCUUCUCGUACCUUCCAAUCGAAAAUCCAUCCAAACGGCCCGGAGCUAGCCCUCGAAGAAAAUCAAAAUCCCACAGUAUUCGAGCGACUGGAAUGCGUAGCAAGAUUCAUACGUGCCAGCCAGAAAACCGUCCCGCUGAUUGCCUCUUUUUGAUUGGAUGUCGUUAAACAACAAACGCUAACCAAGUCUUCUUCAUCAGUUAUUAUUUAACCAUUUGUUUAACGACAUCCAAUAAAAAAAAAAAGGCAAUCAGCGGGACGGUUUCUGGCUGGCACGUAUGAAUCUUGCUACGCAUUCCAGUCGCACGAAUACUGUGUGUAAAAAAGCCCAGUUUUGGGCGAAGUGUCUCAACUCAUUUUGUCGCCGAUUGUAGCAAAUGAUAUUAGAAUUAAAGGAGGCACCAUGAAGUGAAGAGUAAAAUUCGAUUGCUUAAGUUUGACUGAAAUCGGGAUUUAUAGUAACUGCUGCCUGUUGCUUUUGUUGUUCUAAUCGAUUCUUAGCUUUCACAGUUUUCAUAUGAUGAAUUAUUGUAUAUUUUUAGUUUUUAGUUUUUAAUUUUUAGAACAUAAUUUUUUUAGUUUUUAAUUUUUAGUUUACAUUAGGGAAAUCGCAAUGAAAUCAUCGUUAAUUUCUUAGAUUUCGAGAUCAAUGUUCUCUCUCUCGUACACUGCCUUAGCCUGAGAAAACAGCCGACAUUUAGCCACGCUACCACUGGUUUCCCCGCCAAAUGACGUCUGAGAAACGAGCGCAGAAAUUCCAUACUGAUGACGCGUCACUACCCCGAUCUGGGUAGUGCUUCUAAUUGGUUGUGCCAAAUGGGAAAUUGGAUUCAAUCAAUCAGAAACACUACCCAGAUCUGGGUAGUGAGGGGUCAUCAGUAUGGAAUUUCUGCGCUCGUGUCUAGACGUCAUUUGGCGGGGAAAUCAGUGGUAGCGUCGCCAAAUGUCGGCCGUUUUCUCAGUCUACUAGAUCCGGAACUUGAUCUAAGUUUACCUGUAGGUUUACUAAGAAGCCAAAGGCGUUUAAACAGAUACAAGGACACUGGGUCCUGUACUAGCGGGCCCCAAAAUUGUACCAAUCCUGCACCAAAUUAAAGAACCCAGCCCAGCUAAGCCAACUCAAGCCCAAGAAGGGUUAAAUAAUGUAUUUAUAUUCGGCGGAGCUAAACGUAGUGGCAGUGACAGAGAAUGUAAAUACUUUCCUAUUGGUAUGACUGACGUGAGCCGCUCCACAGUUCGAGCUGCACACCCAUUCCCGUCUCUUAGUCGUGAAUAUAAAGAGGAAUGAUCAGUGCCUAAACUUGUGGUUCAUGUAAUCUUUGUUAUCUCAAAUGAUGAAUAUUUGAGUUUCACUGAUUUAAGGGAACCGUAGAGUGAAGCGUAGAGUAAAUGCAAAGAAUAUCAUCGCAGUUAAUAAUUAUCUCAGUCGUUAACACAGCUUGUUGUUAUCUUUAGGCUCACAGAGAUGAAGUGAUUACUAUGGUCGCUAAUCCAGCUGUAGACCAAGUCAUAUCAGCUGGCCUAGGUGAGUCGAGGGUUUUAUUCAAAAUUACAUGUGUUCGCUGGGCCGAUAUAGCUUUCUAACUUAUAGGUUUCUUAUUUGCUUGUAUCUGCCAAUAUAAGAGAGACAAUAUUGUAAGCCACAAGGGGAUUUGUACGGCUGGGAGAAGGGGAGGGGUCAGGUCUGUAACUAGUAGAGAGCAAAAUUUGCCUCAGUCUCUUAAAAGCUCCCAAUAAAGUAAUUCCUUUUUUUUCUAUUGGAAAACUCUUUUGGUAUCUUCGGUGAACUCUAAUUUCUUUCUUUUUUUUUAAUGCUUGUUAGUAACCUUUCUUGUGAAAAUGAGUUUUAUUUGCAUUAGAAUAAAAAAAUCAUUUUCAUAUCAAUAACGUCGCACUGAGCCUCGCUUUGAAACAGAUGCUUGGGGCAAUUGGGAAAUGGCGGGAAAGAUGCAGUGCAUCCUGCGUCCUGAUUGGCUACCCGAGCGGGCAAGAUGGGCCUAUCUUGCCCGCUCGGGAUUUCCCACGUUGGUCCCGCAACAUUGACCACGCUUGUUCGGUCAAGAUGGCAAGACAUUUACCUCAAUCUUUUUUUGCGAUUUUAUAGACCUCGACUUCGUCUCGGUCCAUAAAAGCGCGAAAAGAGAACUUGGUCAAAUCCAGCCAUCCUGACCUCACCCUUGCUGAAUAACGCAUACAUACUGAAAAGAAUAGGGCGGAUAUUACCUAGUCCCUGGGUCUCAUUAUUCCGCGCGGACAAUGCAUUUCGGGUCAGUACGUGCACCGAAAUGCAUUCACCGAGAAGGCCUGAGAAAACGCCGUGCAGGGACUAGGCAUGGGCGGAUAGGUAAAGAACGCUCUUGCGCGUGCACCACAUAUAUACUGUAUGCGCGCGCCCUGCCCGUUUGUUUGCGUCAUCCACUUAAUCCUUUGCCAGCUCCAUCGCCAGUUUUACCAUGGUUUUACUGAAGUUUGGCGCACUAUAGUCUGCACAGAAAAGUCGCAUCUAUUUCGUGAAGUCGGGGACAGUCUGUGAUGCUAUCUCAUAAUUUUGUUCAUAAAAGUUUUAUGCAUCAUUUCUGUUUUCAAGUUUCUAGGGUUUACCACGCCAAAGCGUAGUUCUCGUGAUGCAAAGACUUUUCUUUUAGCAAAAACUAAGGGAUGUUUUUUUGUUGCAGAUCAUGCGAUCAAGAUUUGGCGCCUUUUCCCGUUUGCUGAGGAGGCCCUGGCACCUCUGAUGACGUUGUACUGCCAUGAAACCCCUCGACGUCUGACCGUAGCGCACCACAAACUUUGCGCAGCAUUCCACGAACCUGCUACUGCUUCGUAUAAUAUCGUAGUGUUCAAAACUACUCAGAAGAGUAAGUGCUUUAUACAAAUACAUAUCAUAACAUUUCUAGGCACCUCAAUCGCGGUCAAACAUUUGCGUCAUUUCUCUAUUUACUCAGCGGCAAUUUAACAACAGCGAAGCAAAACACUUUGGACGUCUGGCCGCAAAUGAUGAUGAUGAUGAUGAUAUUGAAUAGCAAACAAACAAACAGUCAAACAAAAAAGCAAAAGUUAAACAAACUAAACAAAAAUGAUCAAAGUAAGAGAGUUACAAAGUAAAAGACAAUGAUCAUUUUUAAAAAAUUUAUAGCCUUUAAUUCCUUUCUGCAAAUUUUAAGAAUCAUUACAAUUUACAAGUAACUUUUAGUGUAAACGGAUCUCAUUCUCAUUCCUAAACACGUUUGUAAAUCAAAAGAGCAACGUGGUUUUCUUUCACCAAAUUAACAUGCUGCAUGUGUCAAUUUCCCUUCAGAGCGGUUUGAUCAUGAUAGUGAUUUGGACCAUAUGGAUGACGUCACGGGACUUGCCAGCUGCCCCAAGAUGAGGCUGUUUGCGUCAUGCAGCGCUGACGGCUCCGUGAGGAUCUGGGAUGAGUCCAACAAACUUCUGCGCGUUAUAAAGUUGAAUGCCACUCCCAACAGCAUCAGCUUUUGCAGUCAGAAGGGAGAUCUUAUAGUGGGCAUUGGCAAACAUCUACAUAAGAUUAACUAUGCCACUUGUAAGUACAGUCGAACCUCCAUGUGCGACCACCUCUCGUAAGCGACCACCCUUCAACUGCACGUGCAUCACGCUUUUUUGCACAUUUCUUAGCUGUCGUUGCACGACUGCGACAUGAAACUUUCUAAUUUCACACGCCUGCUUUAUGGAGUAGGUGAACACAACACAAAAAUUUUCUCUUUCUUUUUCUAAACUUAGGUAUGGUCCUUUCGGAUUCAACCCCAGAAAAUGUCGCCAACAUUUGACAAAUUAAAUGAAAUUGAAUAAGAUCGAUGAAGCUUGAAACAGUCCGAAUUCACAUUUUAAAUGACGUUUUCGGUUUGUUGUCAUCCAGAAAUUUUUGCUACCAUGGUAACAUGACGUAACAACCUCUCCUCUCUGUAAGCCCCGAUACCUAAACCUCCAUCACGGUAGCAAUUUUCUUUGUUCUCUUUUUAAAAUUCGACUUACGUUUGCCUUCACUCCCUUCCUUGUAGACAUUCCCCAAUCAUAUAUUUACCGAAUGGUAGCGAUGGAUUUCCGACGGGUCGCCUCCGAGGGACCAAUCGAGAUCGACUCGGACAUCAAAGCUGGUCUAACAUCCGAGGAAUGUCAGCGUCUGAACCGAGUCAAGUCGUCCUUGCACAAAUACAGCCGCUUUAAAGACAGGCUACCACAGGAUGAAAUGGACGAAAAAAUUCAGGAGGAAGAAAGGAGAAGCCAGGUUAGGCACCACACGUCUUUGCUAACGGUACAACCUGCUGCGUAAAAAAAAAAGAUAAAUAAUGAAUACGUAACUAUCCCCUUCCCUUAUGGGACUUUUCAGGGAUAAUGAAAUAAUAAUCAAUAAUCUUUUAUUAUGCUUUGUCAUAAUAUUAAUAUUACACUCUAGGAAAGUAAAUUACAGUACAAGAUAUAUUAAAUGUAACGAGAAUAAUGUGCAAGCUUGGAAGCUAAAUGAACCAGUUGGUUUUCUUGUCAGCUCCCUGAACAAAAACGAAAAACAAAACAAAGUAGGAAGAACUUCUAUUUACAUGAACUAUGUCGCUUCAUCAACGUUGAAUCUAAUUUAAUCAGUUGGUUAGAUAGUUCUUCCAAUUUUGCAUUUACACGAGCAAGCUCCUGUAAGUGCAAAAGAUUUUUUAACCUACUCGAAAGCGAUACUUACAGCCAUCGUGAGCAAUUUUAGCAUCGAUGGUGGGACGGCUUGUAAACGUGGUCGUCCACCAAAACGACAUAUGCUAAUCCAAUCUCAAAUAAACAAAUGAAACAAAUAAAUUUGAAUGGAAAAUACAAGGUUAAGAAUCCCAACUGGUAACAGGCGAACCAGUUGGCUAUUUACAAUCGUGGCCAGGGAUUUGAACUCGGGACUACCAAGAACAAAUCCAGCUAGCUGUCAGGGCGGGACGUUGGACUCGGGGCGUCCGGAUUACAAGUCCGGCGCUUGAACCGCUCAUCCACACUGCCCGGAAAACAAACAAAUAGACAAACAAAACACGGCACACAGACUAAGGCUUUCCCGGCCAAUUGACAAUUAGAAACCUCAUCAACUGAAUCACGCCCCUUUAUGGGUGUUGCGGAAGCUAUCGUUGGUUCACUGUAGGGAAUUUAAGCAGAAAAGUAUUUGAAUGACGAACAUUUACCGGAGGUGAGCCUUUUUCUCUAUUAAUCUGCCUUGACACUACCAAAUUUAUUUUGCUAAGUGUAUUUACUCUUAAAGAGACGAUUUGUCCAAGAAUUUGUUCAAAAUCACGGCCGAAGAGUGCAAAAAAUCCACUUCCGGUAGACGUACGUCGCUCGAAAACGCCGCUGUUGUGGUGUGGGUAUUGUUCAGUCUCUUUUCAAUUUUUUUGUAUCACGUGAUGUGGUGAUUGCAGCCAUCCGCGACGCCGAGAAGCCACCCACUUUAAAGCAAUGUGAUUCAGGAUGGACGUCUUCACUAAACGGAACUCAUCUGAUUGUUAUCAUCUUUUUCCUCUCUAGGCGUUUUCCAAAAUCCAAGAACGCGAGAGCGAAUUGCGUAAACUUCGUGAUGGAACCUACGAAUUUAGCCGGAAACGACAAAACAUCGACCUAGACACAGUCCGCGGAGAAGCGUUCGACAGAUACUUGGAAAUCUUCUACAAACGACCUUGUAUCGAUCUUCCAGACGACGAAUUAGAGGACGAAAAUGGUUAUGAAGAGGAAGAAGAGCCAUACGCUCCCGACAGAGGAAACGGAUUUUUUUCAAUAAGCAGACAGUCGACAAGAUCCAAGAAAGGAGAGGCUUCUUCCUCUGAAAAAUCUGCUCCGAAAGCGCCGAUCAUGAGUCUGUCCAUGUCUGAGUUCGAGCCCAUACAAUUAAAAGACGAUGUCAGAGACUCACCUGUGUUGCCCACAAGCAAAGAGCAGGAUGAAUUGUCAAGGUAAGCCAAUUGGUUUGUUGUUUCAGUUAUCAGCAGUAUUUUCAGCCAUGGAAACGAAGCGAAAGGGCUUUUUACAAUAACUGAGUGAUUUCUCACGCGCUUAUUAGUCGAACUCUCGGCAAAAGUGACGUUAACGAAACGAUUCGCAACCACGAUUGUUAGCCCAACACAGCGUUGCAACAUAGUUGUGACAUUGUUUCGAAUGGUUACAACAUUUUUCCAACAUUGAAAAGCUGUGUUGCGCUAAAAAUCGAGGUUGCGAAUCGUCUCGUGUAAGAGUGCAGACCAUGGAAAUGGCAUGAUGGUGGCUCAAUUUUUUUGUCUUUGUCACGCGCGCGAUUUUCCGAGAAACGUCAAUGGAAAUGGACUUUAAAAGCUGUCACUGUUAUUGUAAAAACAAAUCUACAACAAUUUUCCGAGGGUCGAAGAGAUUACAGACCACUGAAAAUUGUUGUCGAUUUGGUUAAUUCAUCAUUUAUACCGUUUGUAUGCUCUUUUAAAUAAAAGAAUGUCUGACUUCAGAAUCAAUUGUAACACCAGCUAUGGAAUAUUGAAUGUGGUGAAUCGCUCCGAAAGUGGUUACUCUGUCCAAUCACAGGCGAUCAGGUCAGACCAGUUAAAACAAUGAGAACUAGAAGAAAGUACGCGUAGCCAGCGUAAAAGGCGGGAAAACUCAAAGAACGAGUCCCGACCGGUUUUAUGAUUACUUCUGAUUGGUUGACAAAAAGGCGCGAGAUUUCUUAACCAAUAAAAGAGAACCGAAAUGCAAAACCAAAGCAAUCACUUAGUCUUUCAGUAAAGUACCAACACUGACCAGCUUCAAAUUUCUCUUAACAGUUUUACUUAUGUGGUGUGACAAAUUAGGUAAUACGAUUAUGGGGAAUUAUGGGAGUCUGAGAACGACAGCCAUUUAUACAAUGAUGCGAAUGCUACGCUGUGAUUGGUCACUGCCCAUGAUCUAUAAGAGUACAGAUACAUGGAUGACGUCAGGGGAAACUUGUUUUCUUUGUUUCGUUCAACAUGGUGCGUGGCUUUGAAAAUGUUUGUGAGAUUAUUUCGCAUUAAGCAAGUGAAAGCCUAGAAAAAAGGUUUAGCGGGAGCUACUCAAAUAGUGAUUCAAAUGUGGUAAAAACAUCAGUGACACACUUGCCGGCUUCUUUGUUCUUGCCACAUUUUGCGCGUCAUCUGUGAUCUAUUACUGAACAGACGCACGGUAACAUGGAAUCUAUUUGUUAAAUACACUUGUAAAUUACAUUUGUAAAAGUUUUAUUAAAUUGACCCCAGCUCCAUUCAACCACUUUAGAAACGAGAAGGAAACUGGGCCGAGUUAUAACGUUUGCGAAGACUCAAGUACCCUGGCAGUGAAAGAGUUAAGCUCCCUAAUGGAUCAAACGCUGAUGAGAUGCGUGAGCAAACAAUCUAGGCACAUACAAAAUACUUCAAUCCUGAAUAUAAGUAACUUUGGAAGGGUAAAUUACUAACGGCGACUUAUGGCUCAUUCUUCACAGAUCUGAACGCCCUUUUACCUUAGACACAGAGAGUGAGAUUUUUUCUCACGAGGAAACAAGUUCCAGGAUAUCCCACUCGGCGCCUUCUCACAGACAGGACUUCCGAAGUCAUCCGAUAGAACCACCGCUGGUGAAUCGGGACCGCGAUCGAUACGUGGUCGACGUGCCGAAGUCUGAUCGGUACCCGUCGCCGAGUCAAUCUCGCCAGCUUGUAUCGCAAAGACUCUCGCGACUGGCCUCUUCGGCUGAUGACGGAGACGAGGACACGUUCGUAAUUGCGCCCGAUGGUUUUAUUCCGAACUCUGUGGUUGUCGCCAUGUUUAAGGAUUUACGGGAAGAGGGCACGGAAGAAACAGACACCUGGAAACCACCUCAGCUCACAGCAGAACAAUUAGCUGAACUGGAAAGCAGAAAGAAGGUAAAUACAAGAGAGAAAUUUUCACUGUUUGUAGACGAACCCAUUAGCUAGUUCCGCGAUUGCAACGGCCACCGAAAGUUAGAAGCAUUAGUAUGAAAAAAACAACUUUUGCCAUCCAGCCACGCUUGCAUGGUCUUCCGUACAAAUCCUUGUAAAUUUCGAAAUUUUCAAACUGUCAUGAAAUAUUUCCUCAAGCAAUACGGGGCUCAAAUCUCCUUUUAAUUCAUAACAGGCAAUUUGAGCCCUUAAAUGCGUAAGGGAAAAAUGUAACGACAGUUUUAAAAUUUUAGAGUUAAAGAUUUAAUGUGUCAUGAACGAAAAUACCGUAAAAUUCCGAAAAUAAGCCCCGGGGCUUAUAUUUUUUAAAGGCCCUUUUUGAGGGGCUUAUUUUUGGAGGGGCUUAUAUUCGGAGGGGCUUAUCUACGGAGGGAAAUUUGCGUUUCAAAAUCGAUUGGGCUAGCCUUAUAGUUGGAAGCAAAUUUACCAUUUUUGCUUCGUUUUACUUUGUAUGUGAGGGCAAUUUUCCAAGUACAAGCCCCUGGGGGGCUUAUAUUUGGAGGGGCGAUUUAACGGAGGGUUUUUUGCGUUACCGGUUUGGGGGGCUUAUUUUUGGAGGGGCUUAUACACGGAGGGGCUUAUUUUCGGAAUUUUACGGUAUUUGCUUGUUUGCUUGAAUUUUUUUUCUCUUUUUCUUAUGUAUAGAAACUUCCAAAAUCUCCAGAGAGUCCAAAAGAAAAGCGGAGCAGGACAAAAUCGAAGUUCGCUGAUCAACUUCAGCUUGCUUUACGAGAUAUUCCAUCACCAGAACCGUUGGAUGAUAGCGAACUGCUGAGGUCUCCCACUCCAACACCGCCCCCGUCCCCUACCCCCGCAAAAGAACCAUCUCCCCCGAGGACCCCAUCCCCUAAAAAGGAAAUCAAACCACUUAAGCCGAUUGAGAAAUUAGUGACGCGCCCAAAGCCUCCAACACCACAACCGUAAGUACAACUGUAAUAGGAGUAACCUUUUGAUUUAAUGGGAAACGUCAACAAUGUAGACUGUUCACAGUCCCCUAUUUUUCCGUGAGAUCGUCGAGAUCGAGCACUUUAUGCUGCGGGCAGCCAUCUUGGAUAAGUGUCAAAACUUCUUAGGGAGUAGGGGUCAGUUUGGCAGGAAGCGUUUUAAGCCCCGAUGCCCGCCCCCUAAGUACAUAUGAAACCAGGAUAGCCGUCCGUAACGGUGAGCGCUCGAUCCUAACGAUGUUACGAAAAAGUAGGGGACUGUGAACAGUCUAUCAACAAUGUAAAGGUUAAAAUUUUAAUCUGCAAGGUAACGAAAUGCCAAAUAAAAGAUAACCGUAAUAAGUUACUGUCAAACAACUUUCAUACGAUUGCAUGGUCACAGCAUAGGAUUUUAUUCACAGGCCCAAACACUUGAUCGAUCUAGUACCCCAUAACGAGCAAUCCAGCUUUAGAUCUUUUGUUUGAACAAUCACAGUACUCGAUUUUCCGUAAGAGAAACUUCUAGUCAAGUGGAAAGUUAGAGCUUUGUCAGGGCUCGAAAAAGCUUGAAUUCCAGCCUUUUCCUUUUGGCAAGCUGCUGUCAUAUUUUGCUUUCCCUGGGCCAUUUCUCGCUUAUCUUAGUUGAUGAUUUAGUAAGAAGAUGGUUUGCUUGGACCUUUGUCCAGGAAAUGAAUCUGCCUGUCCCCGACUACCGGCCGGGACUUUUUUCAAGCCCUAUUUGCAUGUACAGUCGAACCGCCAUGUUCGACCACCUCUCGUAAGCUACCGCCAAUCCAAAACACCAACAUUUCACCAAUCAAAGCCUCACAGUUGAAACCUCUAGUUAUCGACCACACCGUGUAAGCGACCGCGACCACUUUUUGGGCCUGUUAGUGACAACAUGGAACUACACAUGUCGUAAUAAAUUAAGGAAAUUAACGCUCCAUGAAAUUAACGAGAAUCGUUAAAAUCGCGUUAAUUUCCUUUAUUAUGAAAUUCUACCUCCUCUUUCGCGUUAAUGUGCUUUAUUCGAAAGUCGUUUUCCAUUAAAUUCACGUUAAUUUAAGUCGCGUUAAUUUCCAAUACCUUAAUUUCACGAAGCGUUAAUUUCCUAUAAUAAAGUAUCUUCCAUAAACUAGAUGUGCCCGAACCUCUUCUCGGAAGAGGCCCCCCGUGUGGUUCGAUUCUUGUAAACGACCACCUCCUGUAAGCGACCAUUCAGUCUUUGCAUUUUGGGUGGUCGCGUACGGGAGGUUUGACAUGUAGUUUGUUGCAGCUGUUUGUAAGUUCUCUAAACUAUGCGUAAUCCAGUUUUAAAGUUAUAUGUCUACUUAAGUUAAAGAAAGAAAAACGCUGUUAGUAAUUUAAAUGUUGAAAACUAAACGAAGGAAGUCUCAUUAAAUUCAAGCAAACAUAUUGAAGAUUUUAGUUCAUGACGCAUUCGAUCUUAAACCUGUUGUUUAAUAAAACUGUACCCUCUUAUUUGAAGAGUUAAAAUUAAUGUCUAAACCUUAAACUGUAAUUUUUGUUAAAGACCACAGCUGUCCAGCGUAAAUGUAAAACAAAGUGGUUGGUUUUCAUCUCCCAUUUAUUCAAACAACUCGGAACUUGACAUACAAAGCCACCAUCGUCAUGUUUUGCUUCUCCAAGAGGAGAAUUUGGAUGCUAGGCCACAGUCGCCCUCGUCGUUGGCCAUUAAGUUAAUCUCUGUUGAAAAUGAAGUCGUCAAUCCAGAUGAACUUACGCUUAAGAAAAGGUAAACUGAAUAUUAAGCCGGACCAAUUUAAGAAGGUCUCAAUGGGGUUUACCGUCAACCGUCAAAAAAAGUAAUUUUUUUUACCGUUAACCGUCAAAAAUGCAGAUUAUUAUUUGCCGUGUAAAAGUUUCAAGGUAAUUCAAAAUUAAACUCACUAUUUCAGCUAAUCUUCACAGAAUCUCUUACCUUGAGAAACCAGUUCCCGUGUUCGUAGAAACACUCUCUCUAGCCAUUUUAAAACCUUACAACUUGCUUAAAUCUGAAAAUAUUUCGAAAUUUUAUAAGCGAAAGGCUAAGACAAAGCCGAAACACAACAGUAAUAUUUGUUUAUACAGUAGUUAAUAUUUACCUUAACUUAAUAACCGUCAACCGUCAAAGCAGCGACCCCAUUGAGAACCUCAAUUCAAUCUAGUGACAAGUAAAUCUUGCCUUAUUUGUUUUAAUCACGCUGGCAUCGUCAGCUACUUAAAAUGACACACACUGAAGAACUUAAAUUCAUACUGAUAGCUUAGGUAAAGCUUCAGCAAUUCUAAUUUCGAUAAAAUAACAACAAUAAUCCGCCGUGUGCCAGUGUUUUAGCUAACGUUAUGUUUUAAAUAAGACAUUUUCACCCUCGAGGCACCGAAAAAUAUUGUAAAUAAGUGUCUCUACAGUAAUUUUCUAGUAGAGAGAAAGUUUGUCCAGUGCAAUAACUUUUUCCAAGUUCAACCGGUGCCUUAGCAAUGACUAACUGUCGAUUUUUUCGUUCAAUUUUUUCAGGACACCCCCUCCUCCCAAGGAACCAACUCCAACCCCUCCACCUCCCCCUCCCACUCCAUUACCCUCCUUCAUAACUCAGUUCAAAGGAACUCUGUGGUUUGAAAACUUUUUUUCUGAUGGCAACUCUGAUGUAAGUAUUUUGCUUUAUUUGGCGACGAGUUUAACUUGCACUGUUUGCUUAGAGUGCUCGGAAAUACGUAGCCUCACUGUAUUUAUCGUUAUUUGACGAAGAGUUUAACUUGAACUGUUUGCUAAGAAUGUUCGGAAGUGCGUAACCCAAUGUACUGUCGAUGUUAGAAGGGAGUCUCAACUUUAAAGUUGUUUAAAUACAACCUUUCCUAGUCCCGUACGCAGCCGGUUUUUUUGGUCGUCAAGCAACGCUCCUUUUGUGAUCCUGUCUUGGGGAGGAGCGUUGCGUGACGACACACAAAAUGGCUAAGUAGGAGACUAACCUUUCCAGGUUGUAACUUAGAUUUGUUCAGCAUGAUUUCAGGUUGGCUUUUAUCUAAACUAAGAACUAGAAAGCAUUAAUAAAAAAUAGCAUUAUCAGAAAGAAUAGCACUUGACACUUUCAAGUACUGAUAAACCUGUGGCCGUCUUUGCAGAUCAAAUUGGGAUUUGAUAUGUUGGUCGACCUCCCACAUGUUUUUCACUAGCAGUUUUUCUUGAAUUUUAUUAGUCUACUUACGGAAAUCGGCAGUGGCCGUUUUCACACUAGAGACGGAUUAUCCGCCCGAGAUGGGUUAUCUGUUCGAUAAUUCGCGUCAGACAGAUUAUACGUCUUCAUUUGAAAAUGGAACGGUUCUAAUUUUAGAUGAACAAUCCACCUGUCUUUAUCCAUCUGCUUAUCCGUCAAUUUUGACGGACUUUGCACAUGGAUGAUCCGUCUCUAGUGUGAGAAAGGUCAGUCAUAACAUUAAGUAGACCAGUGGUGCCUGUUUCAGUGGUCUCGAGACGUGGCUGAAAUUUUAACAGCUUUGACUUUUCAUUUCCAGUCUUUUUCGAAGCCGUGGACAGUAGACAGCUUUGUGGAACUAUUACUGAGUCUGAUUCAGAAGACACCUGACCACGAAAUGAAGACACAGAUCUGUGCUGUAUGUAUUAUAUACGAAAAUAUUUGUCAAACUCAUUUGUAAUUCAUGAGGAGAAAACAAAGGAAAUCUCUGUCGUUAUAAAAAAAACUAUAGACAGUGGAUGCUGGUUACCAUAAAAUUUUGUUAAUAGUAGCUUUGACGUUCUUUUAGAAUCAUUAAUCAUUUGAUGAACUAAAUCUAACACUCAACGAGUGUUUCAUCCGCCAUUCGCUAUUUGCACAUCUACCAUAAUACACCUUGAUGUCCCCCAAAAUUUUGCACAAACAUUGUCUUCGAUUUCUCUUGGGGCGACAGCAAUACCCAGGAGAAAUUGGAAACAAUGGUUAUUCAUUUUUUGGUGGGCAAACAAGGUGUAUUAUGUAUGAGAUCAGUCUGUCGAAUUUGUAUGCGGAUAUUCGGGCUAAAGAGUUUAUCAAGCCACUUCUUGGUGUAUGAAUAUGAGACGAAAUUUGAUAGUAAUAAGUCUUCUUCCUUCUCCUUCUCAAGUAGCCUAACGCCGUUUCAAGCUUCUAAGUUCGGUUGGAAUCGAGAACUUUAGAUUCUAAGACACUGACGACUACAGGUAGGAGAUUUCCUCAAUACUGCGUAUUGCACACGCGUGAACCAGCGUCAUUUUGGCGGGAAAACGUGAUAGCCGUCGUCGUUCUACUACGGGUUUUAGCGAGAAUGUCGUAGUGGCGGAAACAAGUUAUCAAAUGUAAGAAGUUUUAACAUUUUACUAUCGGGAGAGGGCUUAACCUCCUUCAGUAUAAAUAACCGUGCUAACUUUUUUGGUGAGAAAAAAGUAAAAUGAAGCUUUCCGGGGUGUUUUUUUUAAGGAACACGCGCCAAAACUUUAAGUUAUAUCUCAUACUCGUACUCGUUCUCGUCCUCAAAUCUAAAGCUCUCUAAUGUUUCGUAGGCUAUCAUGCUAUUACAUCGCCAAGAAGGACUUAGUCGCCAAACGUGUGAGAAAGUCAACCGCACCAUGAUGGCUGAAUUGAAUAUCCCGGAUCCACCUAAUGCGCAUGGCUCGGCCCAGGCUAAGCAGUACUUACGCGCUGCUCUGCAGCUGUCACACACAAUGAGGGUAUAUGAAGUGUCUUUUGUGGCCGAACUGAUGGCUCAGUUUAUCGAUGGAGAUGAGGAGAUCAGGUAGGUUUUAAAAUGACAAAUGAUAUCCGAAUUCUGAUUGGCUUUUCAGGGAUUGCCUGUUUUUGUUUAGAAAAGUAGAUCUAUUAUCGUGGGAAUUUUGGCUGGCGUUACGUAGUUAGCACGCUUUAGCAUCAGUCACCAUUUUCACCAAGACCGUAAUGCACCUUGUUUACCCUCCCCCCCACCCCCAAAAAAAAAAACAAUGCCUAAUCAUUGUCUUCGAUUUCUCUUGGGACGGCUGUAAUACCCAGGAGAAUUGGAAAAUAAUGAUUAUGUAAAAUUUUGGGGGUAAACAAGGUGCAUUACGGUCUCGGUGAAAAUGGCUAAAUAGACAGGGCUGCCGUGGAGGUCAAAAGUGUCUUUCCAGUGAUAUUAGUAAAACUAGAGACCCCCUCCCUGCCACCCCUAAACAAAGUUGAAUUUUGAGCAAAAUGGGUAGAAAAGAUUGCUUUUUUGGCCAAAACAUUGCCGGGGGUGGGGGGGGGGGGGGCACCAGGGGGGCCCCCAAACCCCAAAAAAAAAUUGUAAUAGGGAGGAGAGCCCUUUGUAAAAAUUCUUUGCAAGGUCUUUUUCAAAAAGGGGGACUUUCUAAAACGCAAAACCGGGGGCGCCGAAGACGAGAGACGCGCGAAUCGGAUACUAGCCGUUAGAAAGUCCCAAGUUCUUUUGUACUCCUUUUCAGGUUCGAGUAACAGCCGCUUUUCAGGAAAGUGAGCCUGCGUUUCGCGGGGAGGAGCAAAGUCCAGAGUCGCGAGAGCGGUGGAAAUCGAGCCUAACAAAGGACUUCUCUAAUUCUUUGCCUGGCUGCUUGAAUCCAAUCAAAUGAUUAUGUGAUAUCAUAAAAAUACCCAGGGGAAUUGGAAAAAAAGGAUUAUGAAAAAUUUUGGGGGUAAAAAAGGGGGAAUCCGGUCUGGGUGAAAAGGGGUAAAAAAAAAGGGCGGCAGGGGAGGUAAAAAGUGUUUUUCCAGGUUAAUUUUUAAAACUAGAAACCCCCUCCCGACCCCCCCUAAACAAUGGGGAAUUUUGGGAAAAAUGGGUAAAAAAAAUUUUUUUUUUGGCCAAAAAAUUGCCGGGGGGGGGGGGGGGGGGGGACGACAGGAUGACCCCAAAGCCGAUCAAAAAAUUGUCAUUAGGAGCAGAGCCCUAUGUAACAAUUACUUGGAAUGGCUUUUUCACACAAGUGGACUUGCUACAAGUCGACAACGUGAGCGCCGAAGUCGAGAGACGAGCGAAUCGGAAACGAGCCUUGAGAAAGUCCCAAGUUCUUUUGUCCUCCUUUGUAGGUUCGAUUACCAGCCGCUUUUCAGGAAAGUGAGCCUGCGUUUCGCGGGGAGGAGCAAAGUCCAGAGUCGCGAGAGCGGUGGAAAUCGAGCCUAACAAAGGACUUCUCUAAUUCUUUUCCUGGCUGCUUGAAUCCAAUCAAAUGAUGAUGUGAUAUCAUAAUUGGUUGUUAAUCUUUCUCAAGUUUCAUUGUUUAUCUGUAUCUUUACUGUACACAGAGCUGAUACCUCUGUCCUGCGCUGUAGGCAACCUCCAGCUUGUACAGUAUUAGGCAGACUUUAUUAGAGAAUGUUCGCUUUACUCGUUGUAGUUUUACGCAGCAGUGAAACUUCCUUCGGGGAAUGAAUGGUUAUGGUUUGGCGAUGUUUCGGGGAAACCUGAGACUUUUCAUUCACUUUUUGCAUAUUUCUCGCUUUGCAGAAAUUUUGUACGGGAGUUGUUAGCCUCGAUCGGAGUCCCAGAUACAGCAAGUUACUUUGCAAAAGAAUUGGAUUUAUUCGAUACCACGGUACGUUUAUUUUUUGUGGUUGUAGGUUUUGCAUGCGUAUUAUGCUCAUGAAUGUACCCUGAGCACACUCAUGUUUUGCUCCCUGUCCAGCGGUUUGUUGCUUCGGCGCAUGCGCAGGCGAUGUACCUAUAUUGUGUUUGCGUUGUACUCGAAGCUUUGUUUUUCCUUGUUUCGGUAAAAAAAAACUGGAUGACCAAGAAAUGUGCUACCCAUACGAAUCUAUUUAUUAAUUGAAUGCGAUUUUCGCUAAGAUAUUGUAGGAUCUGGAGGCAACACCAAACACAUUUAAACCAUUCAAGUUGUCACAAGUUACCUAGGGCCAUGUGGCCCGAUUACAUUUGGACCACAUAUCCUCUUCAAAUGAACUUCGGAAGUCAGUUUACAGUUUGCUCCCUUUUACAAAUUUUAGGGUAUUCCUGAAAACAGAAGAAAGGCGCGUGUAAAAGACAUGUGUGUUCAGUGGCUUAACAAAUGGCUUGCUCAGUUUAGGGAACAUAUCCGUUCCUUGGCAGGAAAGAUCAGCCGCGCACAGGCUGGAAGUGUCGUCAAGUAAGACUGAUUCUUUUGAGUGUUAUUAUUAUGCGAACGCUACAGAUCAUUGUACGUUACCAAGCUAGUUCACGGGCACGUCCACCUACAUUGCACUGGUGACAAGAACUGACAAACUCGUUCUUCAAUUCGCAUAUCUUCAUAACAUGUACAAUUGUUUUUCUCGUAAGUUAACCUCUUAUGCCCUAAGAAUGAUCAGCAUCAAAUUUCUCCUUUCUAUAUUUAAGCUUUGUAAAACAGAGUAGUCACGAAAAUUAAAGGCUUUCUCUCCAUUAUGUCUGAGGAAUGGACAGGGGUAACAAAUGAGGAUUUAUCUUUUGAUUCCUUUCUUUUUGUACUCCUGUUAUACAGAGGAACCAAGACUCCAAGGACGCCUAGUUCAAUCAAGGGUAUCUUAAAAACUGAUAGAGGAGGCCCGGAGGUGGGUUUUUCAAUCAAGUUUAAAACUCAUUCAAUUGGCGAAUUAACUUCUACGAAUCUCUCUCCUUUUUUCUCUUUGAUCUCUGGUUUCAUGUCUGAAAUUUUGUUUGUUUUUGUAUUAACAGAGGACAGCAUCAGUGACGUCCAAACCGUCAAGCAGUAAGUCUUAUUUUUCUUUCCUUUGUCAUUGUAGUUGCUUCGUUUCAUUACAUCUCCAGAGAGGCAGCGUGGCUGAGUGGUCAGCGAGUCGGACUCGCAAUCCGGAGGCCCUAGGUUUCAGUCCCCCUUGGACUGCUGGCUACAAUUCCGCUUAUAAUUUGUUGAAACACUUCCGGAAAGCACAAGAUAAUCUGAGUGGCUUCACGAAUACAUGUUUCGCUUCCUUCAAUGUUGGUUUUAUUGGUUUGCUUGGGCAUAAACGUCUGCAAAAUCAACAUUAAAGGGGAAGGGGCGCAGAAAUCGGCAAACGUUUCAAUAAUUGUAACUGGGAAUGUAGAAUUGUUUCUGGGUCGUCCCGAGUUCAACUCUGCGACCACACUUGUAAAUAACUAGCUGCUUUGCCUUCUUAUCAGUUGGGGUUUUUAAUCAUGUCGUGCUUUGAUUUUUCAUGACUCUCAGAUUGCAGUACAAUAAAAGGCGGCGAGUAAGGGCCUGUUUACAUGGAGGUGGGGGACCCCAGGUUGGUGAGGUAACCCGCUUUGGUGGGUAACCCGCCUGUCCACAUAAUCUCUCAUUUUGAUUUGUUCACGUUUACAUGAUAGGUGGGGUGACCAGCCGCAUGUUACCUCACCUAUCUGGGGUCCCCCACCUCCAUGUAAACAGGCCCUAAGAACCAUAAUUUUCCCAAGUUAGGCUAGACAGGUUCUUGCAUAAAUGGUAAUUAGUACAAACCUAGGCUAUUUAUAGGUUCUUCAUUUACAUUGCAUUUGGCGUGAUAAGGCUCUUUAUGCUCCAAAGAGGAUCCUAAAUGUUGACUUAUCAAAUUUGCCCAAGUCUAGAGAAUUUUUUUAUGGAAUUCAGAAAGUAAGUAACUGUUUUGAAUUAAGGCUAAACAGGUUCUUUAUAGAGGGGGCCUAACUAGCAAAUUUUAGCCUAACAGUUUCUUAAAAACCAGGUUUUUACUAGCGGGGUUUUACUUUAUUCUUUACGUGGAGUACCUGGACACUAGCAAGAGAAGCUAUAUGCAUCUCCGGUUUUAAAAAAAAAUAGAUUUCAUUCGAUUACCAACUCACCCGUUCCACCUGUCCCUUUUAGUCUCAUUUGAUGUCGAGGCUCUGGGAGGCAAAGCCGCUGACACAGGAACGCCAGCAGAAGCGAUUAACUACUUCUGUGAGAUCAGAAUGGAGGAGGAACUGGAACGAGCACGCUUGCGGACUCGAGAAAAGACUCCCGUUCAGGUUCAGGACAAUUCCAGAAACACGGUUCUCGUUCUUCCAAAGAUACACAGGUAGGUGUCCUUCUUUCGGCGAUAAGCGAUUAAUUAGCCGCUUUUUGGAUAGCCGUGAUCACGGCGAUGCAUUGAGGCUUCCUUCAGACUCCUUUUCAAGAGCAUAGGAUUCUAGUUGAGCUCCUGGUAAUCAGAGAUAAAAAAAAUUGCUUAUUACAAUCAAAAUUGUAAUCGUAAAUUUUUGUUCCCCUGUUAAACGGUUAAGGAAAGGAUCACUUCUGCUUUAGGAACUUAAUAAGGUGUCGCGAAAGUUACAGAAGAAUUGAAAGGUAAUUAAUUCUUUUUUGAGUUUGGUGACAAUAUGGCUUCUGGGCUUCUUUUGCCUGAACAAACUGAUAAAUUCCACUGAAAGCGUUUUUUUUUUUGUUUGAUUUUUCUUUUAUUUUCAAAACAAUCUCAUGGUUUAAGUUUUGCUGGGUAUGACGGACUUAAACGUCUAUAAGUUGUGAUUCAAUUUUAUUCUUGGUUUAAAUAUUAUUUCCCUUUUUCUGAGGACGGAUGGUAUGGUAACGUACGAUAAUGAGUUUAAAACAAAGGGAAAUAAAAUUUAAACCAAGGAUAAAAAUGAACCACAACAAACAUACCCUUUUGCUUUUUCAGUAAGCGUAGCCUAGCUCGUUUGGGAGAAACACACUGCAGCCACUGCCACCCAGAAAGAGAAACAUCUCUUGCGCUAGGUAAGUCUGAGUAAGGCCUGAUUUGAGAUUUCUCUGCCAAUAAAUUGAAAAUUUGCUUACGGAUACCUUUCUUUUACGGACACUGGUUCUCUUGGUCCCAAGAAUAGAGACCUUUAGAUUCGAGGACAAAGACGAGUUUUAACGCUUUUUUUUUUUUUUUCCGCGUAAUGUCCAGGAAUAGAAACCGCGCUGAAAGCUUCACUGUACUUUCUUCUUUAACAGAGAAGUUAGCACGGUGACUGUUUUUGAAGGUGGUUAAGCCCUCUUCCGUUCGCAAAAUGAUACUACAACAUUCUCGCUAAAACCCGAAGUAGAAUGACGACGGUUAUCGCGUUUUCCCACCAAAAUGACGCUGGUUCACUCGCGCACUACUUAGUUUUGAGAAAAUCUCGUACUUGUAGUCUUCCUCGUCUUAGAUUCUGAAAGUCUCUUAUACCCAUAUAUCCUUACCUCUGCAAUACAUGCACCUCUAUAAUGCGGACGCUUUGACUGACAGUUGCGGAGUCCAAAUUAACCAAGUUUUUUUCUCUCACAUCGUGUUUAUGCCAUCUGGUUCUACAAAUUCGAAAUGAUUCGACCAAAAUGGGCCAUCCGCUGCCCCUGCCUCCCUACACUAUAGUGAGCAAGGGUGGCGCAGUGGUGAGAGCGCUCGCCUCCCACCAAUGUGGCCCGGGUUCAAAUCCCGGCGUCGACGCCAUAUGUGGGUUGAGUUUGUUGUUGGUUCUCUCCCUUGCUCCGAGAGGUUUUUCUCCGGGUAUUCCGGUUUUCCCCUCUCCUCAAAAACCAACAUUUCCAAAUUCCAAUUCGACCAGGAAUCAGGUAGACGAAGAACCACUAUGUGGAUGUGCUACCUGCAAAUCGUUAUUUAUUUAUUUAUUUUAUUAUUUUAUUAUUUAUUUUAUAGAGAAUACUUCAUGGAAAGUGCGCGCGUACGGUAUUUACGCACGAGUUGUUGACGUAUCAGAAAUCGAACGAGUGAGCGCAGCGAACGAGUGAGAUUUCUGAUACAAAAACAACGAGUGCGUAAAUACCGUACAAAGCACUUUCCAUGUGGUAUUGUGUUUAUUAUAUAUAUACUGAGAUUUUAAUUCUUGUUUAUCGUCUUUAAUGACAGACCAAGACAAAACUCUGUUACAUGAAUUCAAGUUAAAAACUCAUGCAAGGAUUAUAACAUAAACUUGAAUUUCUGCCAGAAAUUUAACCUUACAGCAAGCAAAUAAUGUUAAAAUAUUAUUUCUAAACUUUAAUCCGAGUCGGACUCCUCAAUUCGGAUUCUCUUCCACCUUUUUUCGGUGUUUUCGGUGACGGAACUCCUGGUUUGAAUGGUCGGCGAGGUAGUAAGCGCAUUAAUGGAAAUCGUAAAUUGUCCUCCACUUAUUACUGCUCCAUCAAAAAAACUCAUCGGGGUUUUACUAGUGCAAGUGCUCGCAGCAGCAGUUUCAUUAGUUGCAGUAGUUACUUGUGUUUGCGACGAUGCUCGGCUUAAGAUGCCUGAUAUGUUUUUUUGUUGAUUUAGGUUCAAGCUACUAUAGUUUGUUAUGCUUUGCACGUUCUUGUGCCCACUUAACUGCAUUAUAUGCGUUGGCGGAAUUUCACUGUCAUUAAGUUUUUGAAUCAUGUGUUUACGAGCACUAUGGUUCGUGAGUCGCUCGUUGUUGAUGUUUGCUUUUGAAGCCAUUGUUUUCAUCAAAGUGUUUAAUUUAUUUACACCCAUAGGUGCCGACUUGAACCAGUGUUUUUUGGAGCCGUCUGUUUUCGUGUGGUUUAUUCCCAAGUAGAAUGGCGAAUCGUCAGCCAUCAUGUUUUCCGGUCGCUUUUCACGGUAAAUUUUGUACGCCACGACAGGAUCUCGUUCAUCACCAGUUGAAAACAUUUUCGGGGAAACUUUUCGAACGUUUGAGGCGUCUACUCCAGACCUUGUUUUUGUCUGUCUUUCAUUGUAAACUAGAUAGUCGUUACCUUGUGCGUCCUUACAAAGCUUUACAUCUCCCCAGCACAAAUCCCUAUGCUCUUGACAACCACGCAUUCCAAAAUGAAUGGUGUUGUUCAGCCAAACAGUAUUCAACAAUGAUUCAGCAGAACAAACUCCAAGCAAAUUGUUUUCGUGAAGUAUAUCGACUUCUUCGUCCGUGAUAGCCACAGCGGCUUUGUCCUUGUUGCCUCGGCCUGCUUUCUUCAGCUCUUUUUGUUUAGCCUGUAAACACUUUCUAAACAAUUCAAAUUCUUUAUCGUUAAUGAUACUCUUAGUAUAAUUAUUUUUCUUCAAAUGUCUUUCAAUACUUGAAACAAGGCAUCUUAAACUUGAAGGCUCAUAAUCCUCUCCGUCUUUACGUCUCACAGAACGAAUAAACUCCGCAAGGUGCUUGUUUAAUUCUGCGGGCUCUAUGUCUUGCACUUCUCGCUCGUCGUUCUUUUCGUUUCUCAAAAACGUUUCCAGCAAUUUCACAUCUCGUUUCGUUUUCUCUUUCGUAUUCCUGUUUUCGAGACUUUCCACGUAAUCCUCGACUGAAGUAUCGUGAUCAACAAACCUUUUCUCGUUCAUGUUUUUAAGCUUCAACACUUGCGAAAGAUUUCUUUAACAAAGUGAAAUGCUGCCAGCUGAAUGAAAAUCACCUUGUUACGGCUCACACGUCAAAAAACAUGAUACGCAGCACCUGAUUGGACGUAUCGUUUUCCUCACACGUGGAAAAAGCAAUACGCGCCAUUUGAUUGGCUGUCGGGUUCUUAGACCAGCUUGUGAACCAAAUUUAUUUCGCGCCUUUUCAAUGGGUAAAUCUCAGUACAUAUAUAAUAAAUUUAUUUAUUUUAUUUACGAGAUGCAUCUUGAAGGAGCUGUGUCACGAAAUUUUUCAAAAUUCAAACAGUGGAAACUGCCACCAAAUUGAGUGAAACAAAAAUAUCUGCUCAAAAUGUUGAAAGAAUGUAUGGAUAACACAAUAAAUACAAAAGGAGGAACGGACAGACAAAAACGGGUUGUAAUCGUGCUUUUUGUGAACUUGUUAGCCUAGCAGGUUCUCAAAGUUCAUUUUUGUUGUUUGCAACGUUUCAAAUAAUGUUUGGGAGGUAUAUUUGUUUUACACAAAGCUGUAAUAUUUUCAUUCUUAAGAUAUUAUAUUUCUAAAUUUUCGUAGCGAAUAAGGCAAAUAAUAGGCAUUACAAACAAAAUGAAAUUGCCAGCCGUGACACAAACCCUUGAAGUUUCUUACCUUAUCUACUCAGAUUUUGAAACCAAAUUUACCUUUGUCGCACCUAACUUGUCAAACAGCUGGCAGCAGAAGAAAGGUUUUGCGAAGGCCACAAAAAAAUUUCUGCGAAACAGCGCCAAAAUCCUUGAUCUUCUCCUCCACCUGUGUACUUAGGAUUUGAGUACGCAAGCCAUGAUUCACCUUUUUAAAAAAAACCAUUGUCAAUUUGCCAGUCAGAUCGAAGGGAAAUUCGAGACGAGGGCUCGGUCUCCAAAUUUUUUUUUCGGCUCUUCUUUUGAUCUAAAAAUAAGGGAGGCCCCGGGCCACAGGGCCCCCUGGCCCCUCCCUUGGAUCCGCCACUGAGCGAUAUUAGAUUACGUCUGCGACGCAGGCUAGAGAAGAACGGUUUCGAUAGCAACUGAAGCGCAUAAUACUUACCUGCAAAGCCUCAUGUUUUCGUUCUUUAUUUCAGCUUUUCCGCUGCCUACAAUUUACCAAACGCGUCGCAGCGUGGUGUUAAACAACAUGGUGCUUCAUCUAAAAACCCUAACCCUGAAUCCAUUUCCCGACGAAGCCGAUGAAGCAAUUUACGAACCAGCCAAACAUUCUCAACUGCUGACUCUCCGUUCCUCGCAGAAGUAUUUCUUUCCGAGCCAGUCAUAUGUUGAGACAGCUUCUGAAACUGAAAGCCUCUCUGAACAGAUUAGAAAGGUUCUGCUGUAGCCGGGCAAGAAAGCAAAGAUUCUGCCUAUAAAAUGGCCACUGUGAAGUUGUCCAGAGACGUUUUACGUCGUUCUGUUAAAUGAGAGCAAAACCUUAAGGGCGUCGCUCACUGGCCUUCAAUUGAAUGGUCACACGACGUUCAGGGACGGAUUAAACCACAUUAGAAGAUUUUUGUUUGUAUAACUCUAGAAUCUCUGCAUAGAGACAAGUGAGGUUAUUAACAGCAAGAGCAAAGAGCCCUUUGGCGUGCGACGGACAGUAUAUUUUGCAGUCUUGUCAGUGACCCAAACUUAUCUGCUCUAGAUAAAAGAAAUUAAAUUUAUCUAUGGUUUACCCUAAAUAUUUAACAGUAUGUUUUGCAGACUUGUCAGUGACCCAAACUUGUCUGCUGUGGACGAAAGGAAAAUUGUCUAUCGUUUCCCCUCAAUAUUCAAUUUUGCAAAAGGAUGUUUUUUAUUUAUAAA